AUGGCUACUAACCAUGAGUGUCCAGUGCUGGAAGCGAGCAUGGCUGCUUUCGAUCUCUCACAGCCCGCAGCUGCUGAAGAUUCUCACCAGAGUCUAGACGUGGUUGAUCUGCUGCCCGGCCCCAUCUGGCACAUCAUCUUCCGCCACCUGCUGCUGCCACCCACUGAUUCCGCUCAAGAGCAAAAGCAGGACGACUCUGAUGAGGAAUUGUCAUCUCGGGGAGCAGCAGACAGCAGGUUGUGUGAGCUGAUCGGUCUGCACCAACGGGCUGAUCCGUUAGAAGGAGCAGGCAGCUGUUCAUGGUUGAGCACCAGUCAACUUUCCGAGCGCGAGAAGCACAAGGAGUACGCACGACGCUUCGGCCCCUCCUGGCCUCUACUGCGCUGUGCCAUGGCCAGCAAGAGGCUCCUCCACCAUGUCAUGUCCCUCUCCGUGAGUCAUCAUCAUGUGCUUCCCCCUUUCCCCUUCCAGCCAUCUGCUUCUUUACCACCGUGUCACCUCCUUGUCUGCGGGUCUUUCCCAUAUCUAAUGCAACCCCACCCGCGAACCGAUUCCGCUUUUCUCGAGGGAUUUGGGCAGCUGCAGCAGCUGAAGCUCGGUCUUGGAAACUGGGAACUAGGCAGUGUGAAUGCAGCGUGGUUCAAGGCACUGAGGAGUCUUACCAUCGAGCACUCAGACAGCAAGCGCUGUAAUCUAGGAUUUCUGUCUUCAAUCACACCGCAGCUUCAUGAGUUCUCUCUCUCCUCCUCCUCCUUCCGUCACUUCUGCAGCCUCAAGCUCGAGUUUCUUUCUGCCCGAGUUAUCACAGUCAGAUUUGAGGAGCAGGAGCUGGAUGUUUGCUUCUCCCUCACGCCCUCCUUGAAGGCAUUUUUGGUCUCAGCAUUGGAGCUAAAUGUCGAGUGCAACUCCGACAACCCACUUUCUCUCGACUCUCUUACCCUGAUUGCUCGCAGACACCUUGUCGUGUCGUCGCUCCCACUAGCUUCUGCUAAGAAUGUCUAUCUGAACGGACCAACCAGCCUCGUGGAGCCCAGCGCGCCAUUGGAUGAGCUUUACAACGUCCCUUCCAUCUCUCAACGCUCGCUGACCGCCUCUCAGCUUUCAUUGACGCAGCUACUGAGCAGCAUAGCGCCAACAGUGGAGACGCUUGUUGUGAGGCAUGGCUCGCCUCUAGAGGAGGUGUGCGCGGAAUGGAGCUGCCUGCGCUGCCUUGCCAUUGGUGCAAACGGCACGGGCAUCGGGUUCAAAUUCAUGAUCACAGUGGAAGAUGAUGGGUCUCUUGAUUACUGGAUGGGGAUCUUUAGCCCAGAAGGUGGGAGCAGCAGCAGCAGCAGCGGGCAUGAAGGCAUUCGCCCUCCCGUUAUAAAUGCUCCAAAGCUGGAAUCCAUUUUCUUUGCAACCCGACAGUGGCAGCCCGAGACGCUGGCUUCUCUGCGCAGUGAUUUCCCGUCGCUGACAUUCUACUGCAUUGUUGACCGGUCGUUUUGGUGGGAGGGGAAGGGGAAGAACCGGGGUAAUGAGCCCGUGGUGCAGUUGAGGCCAAAUCAUCCCACACACAUGAUGAACAAGGCGACCUGUGUGGAUGAUCAGAUCAUGCAAUUCCUUCAAGUACUCUGA